CAUGGGGAUGUCCAAGUCGCAGACCUGCUUGGGCUACCCCCUGAGCAUCUUCUUCAUCGUCAUCAAUGAGUUCUGCGAAAGGUUUUCCUACUAUGGCAUGAAAGCAAUCCUGACGCUGUACUUCCGGUACUUCUUCCUGUGGACGGACAACCUGGGCACCGCCAUCUACCACACCUUCGUCGCCCUGUGCUACCUGACGCCCAUUCUCGGAGCCAUCAUUGCCGACUCGUGGCUGGGCAAGUUCAAGACCAUUGUGUCGCUCUCCAUUGUCUACACGCUGGGACAGGUGGUGACGGCAGUCAGCUCAAUUACUGAACUCACUGACACCAAUAAGGAUGGGAAGCCUGACAACCUGCCCGUGCACAUAGUGCUGUCCAUGAUUGGCCUGGCCCUGAUAGCGCUCGGAACUGGAGGAAUAAAGCCCUGCGUGUCUGCAUUCGGUGGAGACCAGUUUGAAGAGGGCCAGGAAAAACAAAGAAACAGAUUUUUUUCCAUCUUUUAUUUGGCGAUUAAUGCCGGAAGUUUGCUCUCUACUAUCAUCACCCCUAUGCUCAGAGUUCAAAAAUGUGGAGGUCAAGAGUCUUGUUACCCACUGGCAUUCGGGGUUCCUGCUGCUCUCAUGGCUGUGGCUCUGCUUGUAUUUGUCAUGGGCAGCGGGAUGUACAAGAAGCUCCAGCCCCAGGGGAACAUCAUGGCCAAAGUAGUCAAGUGCAUUGGGUUUGCCAUCAAAAAUAGGUUCCGGCAUCGGAGUAAACAAUAUCCCAAGAGGGAGCACUGGUUGGACUGGGCCAAGGAGAAAUACGACGCUCGGCUUAUCGCCCAAAUUAAGAUGGUUACCAGGGUGCUGUUCCUGUACAUUCCACUCCCGAUGUUCUGGGCCUUAUUUGAUCAGCAGGGCUCAAGGUGGACGCUGCAGGCAACUACUAUGAACGGGAAAGUCGGAAGUAUUGAAAUCCAGCCGGAUCAAAUGCAGACUGCUAAUGCCGUCCUGAUUGUCAUCUUGGUCCCCAUUGUGGAUGCUGUGGUGUACCCUCUGAUCGCCAAAUGCUUCAAUUUUACCCCUUUGAGGAAGAUGGUAGUGGGGAUGUUCCUGGCGUCCAUGGCUUUUGUGGCUACCACAUUUGUGCAGAUGGAAGUUGACAAAACCCUUCCAGUCUUCGCCAAACCAAACCAAGUCCAAAUUAACGUGUUGAAUGUAGGAAACUAUCCAAUGAACGUGUCUUUUCCUGACAAGUUAGUGACGGUUAACAGCAGUUUUCGAACACCUGAUUAUAUGACUUUUGAUGCAAACAAACUGACAGGUAUAAGCAUUUCUUCUGGUCAAACGCCAGCCACUCCAAUCAAUUACCAAUUUGCAAAUGGCCAACGCCAUACUCUUCUACUCUGGAACACCAAUAACUACCGAGUGAUAAAUGAUGGACUUAACAGCAAGCCACCAGAUGGAAAAAAUGGAAUCAGAUUUGUAAAUACUUUAGCUGAGACCUUGAAUGUCACAGUGGAUGGAGAAGUUUAUGCUGAUAUCACCAGUUACAACUCUAGCGAAUAUAAAUUUUUCCGUUCUGGUGUUAAAAACAUCAUAAUAAACAAAGAGUUUCCACCACACUGCGAUACUAGUUUCAAAACGGACAGCCUUCUAUACGGUAGUGCAUAUACCUACGUCAUCAGAAGUAAGAGUGACAACUGCCCUGAGCUGCAAGUGCUAGAAGAUAUGAGCCCCAACAAAGUGAGCAUAUUUCUGCAAAUCCCCCAGUAUUUCCUCAUGACCUGCGGCGAAGUGGUUUUCUCCGUCACCGGAUUGGAGUUCUCAUAUUCUCAGGCUCCUUCCAACAUGAAGUCAGUGCUUCAAGCAGGGUGGCUGUUGACCGUGGCCAUCGGCAACAUCAUCGUGCUGAUCGUGGCGGGAGCAGGCCAGUUCAGUGAACAGUGGGCCGAGUACGUUCUGUUUGCUGCCUUGCUCCUGGUGGUCUGCGUGAUAUUCGCCAUCAUGGCUCGAUACUACACUUACAUCAACCCAGCAGAGAUAGAAGCCCAGUUUGACGAGGAAGAAAAGAAGAAGCAGCAGGAAAUGGUUGAUCCACAUGACAUGGCGGGUGACGCCACGCCACAGGCACAGACACAGAUGUGAAUUCAGAUGGCCAGUGGAGGACGGAGAGGCCCAGGCAUGGCCUGACUUCUGCCCCGUGGUGGUAGGACUGGGCUGGAUGGAAGACUUCAGAAUGGUGACCCAAACCAAAACAGCUAUUUUCGAAGUAGCCAGCAAUGAUCCUAAAACUCUAGAAGGCUUUUUGUCUUUUUAAAGAAAAAUGUAAUUUAAAGCACACACACUCAGACAACACUCACUGUGCACCUACACUUCACUCCUUUCCUACCACACAAAUGAAGUUCUUUUUGAUGAACGUAAUUUUUUGCAAGUUCCAUAUGGUUUGCAUCCUGGCACCACAGGAAAACAAUGUUAAAUGAGGCAGGAGCCGAGGUGGAAAGGGAAUUGACAGGCUUUGCAAUGGUGUCUAUUAGGUGCCAGUUCCUAUUAACUGACACUUAACUUUUUUGUUGUUUCUUUCAGUCCCUACCUCUUGUUAAAUUGUGUCACUCAAAAAAACCCUCAGGUAAAAGGCCAGUAAUGAUCUUGGAAAUCUUGAUGGCAUGAA